AUGUUAAUCAUUUUAUCACUUCUCUGCUUAAUUUUUAUUAUUUUAGUUAUUCUUUAUAUCAAAAAUUCAACUCAGAAGAAGUUAGACCAACAAUUAUAUAUAUACCAACAAUUAAAAUUUGAUGAUGCACCUAAACGACCACGUGUUUCUAAUGGUCAUCAACCGUUAUUUAAAGUAUCAAAUGUAUCAAGAAAAACUUUUUCAAUGAAUGAUUUUGAAACUUCUUUCAUUUCACAUCUUCCUCCACCAAACGUACCUAAAAUAAAUGCUCCACGACCAUCAUACAAGUUUACUGAUGAUGAAAUAAAUUCAAAAAGAUCACUUUUAAGAAAUUCAUAUAAUAUAUCAACUCAAAACAAUCCAACUGUAAUUCAACCCUCACUACAAACAACAAUGAACGUUACUCCGUCUGUACUAUACCCUGUUGUAUCUUCUUCAAUACCUUCAUCCACUCUAAACCAACUCACUAUAACAAAACCAUUGCAAACUUUUGUUCCAUCAAAUGUACCAGUUCAACCAAACAAACUGAAUAGUCAAAACCCAUUUAAUAAAACACCUUUAACUCAAUUCAAUGUUAUUACUCCUUCUACAACAUCACCCAAUUUCAGUUCUUCAAUAAGUUCUAAAUCUUUAUCUUCUUCUUAUUUUCAACAACCACCAAUACCCCCUCAAUCAAAAACACCUCCAAUGUAUGAAAGAGUUAGAGCCCCAAGUCCAAUUCAAAAACCUGAAUUAGCUGCUUAUUCUCCUGGAAUACAACGAAACCAAAUUCGACCUUCUCUCCAAAGACAUUUUGCUGAACUCUCACUAAAUACAAAGAAAUUCGAUACACCAACUGGAAGGUCAUUAAAAGAGAAUGAAGAAGACUCACCUCUAAAGAAGAAAAACCAACCAGAAUCAGACAUUUCAUAUUCAGAAGAUCCAUAUAUUGAAGUUGACAACUAA